AGCUUAGGGGCGAAUUCAACACCACGUUGCUAAUGUAAACAAGGACUGGCUUCGUGGGGGCGGUGUGUAUACAGAGCCGUACAUCCAGUGAUAUAUUCGCUGUUUAUGAGAUAAAAGGAGGAUGUUUUAUGAGUUUUUCCCCCUUCUCAGUUUUAAUGAACUUGUGAGCAAUGUAGUCCUGAUAUUUCGGCAGGAUGACAUCACAAGUCAAAGAUAACAGGCCUCCAGCUGGUCUUACGACUUCCUGAGGAUGUCUUGUGCUGUCGAGUCUGACUCAGAAUGUGCAGUACAGCAAUCAUUUCACAGACGGAAAGCAAAAUGGAGGCAGAUGUUCCUCAACUCACUAGGCAACUUUACUGGCCUAGGUGUCAAACAACUCCAUGUCGAGAAGCGAGCCACUGGGUCGGAUAUCAAAUCCUAUUACACCUUACACGGCCUGUUCCUGGUGCUGGACCAUCGAGGGAGAAAAGUCAACACCCAAUUUCUAGAUGUCCAAUACAUUCACGGCCUAGCCCAAGGGGAAGUUACUUUCAACCUCCGUAACAGGUCCGACAACUCGAGAGAGAAAUUAGAAUAUAUCUGGACCAAUAAUGGACGCUGGAUACGAAUAAAAUCACCACCGCCGAAACGUAAUGAAAAGGAACACAGCAGACGACAACUGGUACACAAGAAACCUCAACAGAACUUCUCUCAUCUUCAGUCUAACUUGGUCCUAAAGUGGAGCAAGAAAGGUCGAGAAGGUUAUUGCUCGCAUGGGGCAGUGGAACAUAAACAACCGGAAGUCGAAACGCCCAGUGACUCCAGCCAUGAUUCCAGUGAGGACGAAGACUCAGGUCCAGAGUUCCCAGAAGAACCACACCGUAAAAGACCUUACAUCAAAUCCAUCAAUAGAUCUUUUAAAAGAUAUCUUCUAGGAAGAGGAAGCGUGAAUCGUAACACUAAAGCCUGGAGUCGCGAAAUGAAAACCUUGAUGUCGUCUGCAACACAAGAGAAUACGGAACAAAAUACAGAAAGUUACGACAAUGACGAACUGCGCCAUAGCGAUAGACAAACCAGGGGAUUAACUUUUGGUGAUUUCUUUCGCGCACCAAUUUUAAAACAUCGCAAUAAGAAGAGACCUGUAGACACCGCUAAUGAAACCUUGCUCCUUAGGAGAGAGCCACCAGACCUAAUGACAAUAUCUACUCAUUCAGAAGUCGACCACACACAGAACGAACAAAGGGAAGCCAGAAAUGGGCCUGUGUUGAGCACACAAUCAGACAGUUCGAUGAGCAAUGUCAUGGUCAGAUUGCUUCGGGGCCAUACCAGGCCAGACAUUCUUAGUUCCGAGUUCAAACUUGACUACAGGGAGGCCCCGUGCAAGCCCAGGCGAUUUCUGCUCAAUAUAUCUCGUCUGCUGUACCAGCACAUCAUUCUGAUGAGCAGACUUCGGCUCAAACACAUUCCCAGACUGGACCUGUCCACUUACCUCGUCUUCACGUUCUCUCAAACUAUCAGCCCGGAAGUGGACGAGUAUCGACUGCACGUCAACUCAGCCUGGUCGAAACUGUCCACUCGUGUCGCCUUAAAGGGGCUUAAUGCUAGCGAACCAUUCACGCCCAUUCAAGAGCUCAUACACGAGGUAAUCCAUGCCGUCGACGGUAUCGACUUAAACCAGUUUAAACCAAGUAAAAACACUAGAAGGUCACAGAGACCAUCUCGUCCAGUGUCUUUAUUUAACACAUUAUCGAGUGUAGCCCGAUGGGAGACCGCCAUAUUGAAUUUGCCGUUUACAACAGAAUGGUAUGAAGAACACAUAAAACAGUUACCUUUACCCGAUCCCGAUUCCAGUAGUGGCGUUAUUGAAGAUAUAUUCGAUAUUCUUAGACACAAAAUCGAAUACGAUUACUCAGGUGUUAAUUUUGGACCCAACAGUUCACAAAUGUGUGGUGUUUGUCUUUCAGAAUUCAACUCAGGAAAAACUUUAGAAACGCGGUCGGUUCCGUUAGCAUUGACUUUAUGCAGUCAUUGGUUUUGUGAGGAAUGUUGGAAGGCGAAGGUUCUCAUUCAGCUAAGAAAUGGACUCAGGCCUCGAGAAGUACCCUGUCCCGAAAAGGGCUGCCUUAGUAGACUGGACCCGGUGACCAUGCUUUGUGUUCUCAACGUUGAAGACAUUCGACGCAUGAAGCAGAUUAGUAUACAAAACUACUUGACAACGCAGAAGCGUGUAAAAAUCUGCCCGAAUUCCUCGUGCCGUCGUCUGCUGUGGACACGACCCCGCGACAUGUCAAGCAAGACACCUGUCAUUGUCACUUGCGACUGCAGCACUCAGAUUUGUUUUGACUGCCAACUACAGCCACACUGGCCGGCCCCUUGCAGCAUCGCGAAAAGGUACCACCAAGAACUUUCUUCCAAUAACCACGAAGUGCUCGAUCGUCUGCUGUCGCAGAUGGAGUUCCCGGAAGUUGUCAUGCGUGGUAAGAAGUGUCCUAAAUGCAAGCUUUUCAUAUCACAGUCGAACAGUAUGAAAAUUUAUAACUGCUCUUGCGGGUGCCAGUUUUGCUGGGGGUGUGGUCUAGAAAUCCUUAACAACGAAGUCGCCCACAAGCAGUGUGUAGAGUCUUUCAUACAUUCCGAUAACGUCCUAAAGGACAUUGUAAAUAAUGGACAGCUGGCCAGCGGGCAGCAACAUAAAACGUCCCGGUGGUAUGGGACUGCAUUAGCACAUAGAAAAAUGAGACACCCGGAAGUAGUUCUCGCUAUGUACACCAUGGCGGAAUCCAUGGCUAAAAAUAUUUCGCAUUUUCAUCAAAAUGGCCGCUACGUGGGAGAUAUCGAUUCGGCAGUUCAAGGUUGGAAUAAAUAUCUUGUAAAGUGGGCGAAAGAAAACUAUGAAAACAUGGAUCUAGAUGUUUCGAAAGAAAACACAGAGAGUUUACAAAAACACGACGAAGAUUGCAGAAGUGUCUCACGCGCUUCGUCCUUAUCAUCUCUGUUCCACGAUUCAGACGUAUUCGAUUCUCCUUUAACCAUAGCAACGGAGAACAUCGUCCAGAUGAAACUCGAGCUGCACUGCAUCAUAGAGUACACGGCGGUCCUUCUCGAUCACGUGGUACCAGCACCAGCCAAACUAGUCCAGUGCUUGGAGCGUGCAGAAGAUCUGAGUACAGCUCUUGGGAUCCUGUUGCAGAACAAACAAAACUGUCGCCAGGUGUUGCCAGCUUUUUUAAGACUCGAGGCCAAAGUCCGACAGAUAAUUGGUCAUAUCCUUACAACAAUAGAAGAAAUCCCGCCAGGUGUAUUUCAAUUUGACGAGGAUAAAAUCUUUAUUGACUAGUGCAAUUUUGUUAGAAGAAAAAUCCCUCAACAGAAAGUUGGGUUAAAUGUCGGUACAUCUAACUAUAUCUUUCUAGUUCUUGUAACAAACGAAUUACUCCAGUGUAGGACCUAAUCAAUUGUCUUUUACAUUUAGUUUCGAACUUUCGCUAAUUUUAAACAUGAAUGAGGCAGAUUCAUAGACAUAAAUAAAUAUAGACCGGAAAAAGGAAGUAACUUCAUGUAACUUGAAAACAUGUAUAUCUAUUGUAUUAGGAUUUCCGAAAUAUGAAAAGUUGCAUGAUCUUCAUUCUUAGAGAUUAAACAAAACUACACUGCCUCCUUAUUUACAAUAUAUAUAGGUGUGUAUAGAUAUGAAUACUUAACUUUUAUACUGCUCAUAAAUGCUUUAUAAUAAAGUACAUAAAAUUGCAAGUCACAAAUUUUCGUUUCAUAAAACUUUUUAAUUGGUCAGUCUAUAUUUAUUUAUGUCUAUGGGCAGAUCAGGAAUUAUCGUUUUCGUAAUGGGGGUGUAAAAGAAUUGGAGCACGUUGGAGUGGUCAGGGGCGAGCUGGCGUUUAUUUCGGGUGAGAGCUGGAUGUAAUGACGUGUUAUCUACACACGACAAGCCACUGUGGUGGUGGUUUGGUGCAGUAUGUCUGCAUUUCUAUUUACACGCCUAGCGACGUCCGGAACAGUGAUCGAUCUUUAAAAUAAAAGUCGCAAAAGCCUAUUUCCGUUCUCUUGGUCAAAGUAGGGUCACUUUGUAUAUAUGUCAGUUGAGGCAUAUGAGUGAUAACAGUGUUAGAGGAUAUUAGUUACGAAGAGCCUUGUCCAUGGUUUCCAUCAUGCUAUAAUUAUGAGUAAAAUAUUUUUUUUUAAAAUUCAGUACUGAAGAGAUGACCUUGCCAACGACACAUAAGACACUAACAUAAGUUUACGGUUUACACAACAGUUCACAUUAAAAUUGUUCAUAAACUGUCCAAACUUGACGAUCACUGGGUUGUCCAUUGUCCUCUGUUGUAGAUGAACGAAGUUAUUGGAAUUCUUUCGGAAUUUGAAAUACUAAAUGUCAUAAUGUUAUGGCUGCAGAAACUUGUAUUGCUCGCCGGUUAUAUGCGCGAAAAUAGGGUAAUUUUUAGGUGUAGACUGUCAGGAAUACAGAAACUAUUUAUAUUUUUGCGCACUCUUUUACAAUUGGUUGAAUCAAAUUGUCUGGGGUUUUCCGUUUAUAUCUUGAUUGUUUUACAUUUAGUUGGGACAUUUGGAGUUCUACAUAGCGCCCUAGUACGUAAAGAGUAAAGUUCCCCUUUCAUACCUUAUGGACUAUGGGGCAGGUACUGUAAAGGUCAUCUGUUUCUGUGGCCAACGGUUAACGAGGGUGUCAUGUGGCCAGCACAACGACCAACCGCCUUUACUUUUCCCCAACUUGUGCCAGGUGGACUCAAAGGCGCCCAAAAGAUCCCGAAAUUAAAAGCCAGGCCCUUUACCACUCAGCCACCUAGAUAUAGCGCCCUAGACAUUGUUUAACUUAUCGUGAACAUUCCUCGAGUCCUUAACAUGCCAAACUUAAUUUCGUUCAAAGAAAGAUAACUUUGUUUUAAUCUUGUCACUUCCGGAUCUAAGCUUACAAAUAGAUUUACGUUAUUUAUUCAGCAGAAGUGAAGUUGUUUAACCAGCAGAAUCCUUAAAGUCAUGUAUACACACACCUGUGUUCGAUGGAACACGAGAAAGGUGUCAGCACGAACUGAAAGUCAAAUACAUUUGCAGGAAACUAGUUCACAGGGAUGCAGGCUUUAGUAUUUUAUUUGGAAGGUUCUAGAGCAGUGAUGCCCAACCCAAUUCAAUAUGCGGGCCAUUUUAAUUUCAAACACUAGUGCCGCGGGCCACAUUAUGGAAAAGAUACAAAAACUUAAUGAAAUUGCUCUGAAAUUAUUUAAUUUGAAACUAAGGGAUCUAGUACUUACAUAAUUUUUGGAAUAUUUGAAAUUUCUUUCUACGCGUCAGAAAAUGGCGUAAGUUCUGUUUCAAAUCCACACUUUUUUACAAAAACAAAACAUGUUGGCUAGCUUGAUAUCAUGUUCCAUAAAAAAGUACAGAUUCUACAUUCAGAGUCCCAUUUCAUCAACACACAAAUGUUAAAUGCCUUGGUAACAGCCCAUGAAAGAAAAGUGGGAGCCCUAUUAUUUUCAACAUUUUUAGGGGGGGGGGGAGAAGGUUUCUAUACUUUGUGCUGACGUUUCGGCGGGCCGGAUGGAACCAAGUCGCGGGGCCGAUCUGGCCCGCAGGCCGUAUUUUGGACAUCAUUGUUCUAGAGCAAUGUUUGCGGGUUACAAGCAGACGAAAACAUUCACUCAAAUAUUGGUUUCGUUUAUUUGGUAAGUUUCGGAUAUUCCUUCAGGUUUGAAGACUUUGCCCUCCGGGCACAACAUUCCGCAGGGCAUCGGGGCAAUGCAGUGGUUGGGUUCAAACUCAGGACUAUCAAAAUGUAUGUUGUGACAUAUCUGACCAAACUUGUCAGCGAAUGGCCUAGUAAGACUGUCAAAUGUAUGAUGUGACAUAUCUGACCAAACUUGUCAGUGACUGGCCUAGUAAGACUGUCAAAUGU